AGAUAUUUACACCCAGGGUGGGGGCCACAUAUUUCCACCAUUCUACGUUGUUGUUGAUGGAGGUGCUGUUUUCAGAACUGAGUAGCUGGAGAGCAAUGGGCAGCACAGACCCGAGGGUCACAUGGUAUGGGGGGGCAGGGCUGACCUUAUGGGUGGGUGACUUCCCUGGGUUCAGGGGAUGCUGUAGUCCCUCCCCGCACACAGCCAUCUCAAGGGCCCUUUAACCCCCAAGCACUGGAAUGGAGCUGGAGAGGGACAGGGCUGGGUGCCAGAACCUUUGUAAAAGUGUAGGGGGGGCACGGUGAUGCUGGAACUGGGAGGGCUGGAGGACUUGUGCUCCACUUUUAAACGGUGUAAUUUGGGAGUGCGGGGACAGGAUUGUUCCUCCAAACUGCAAGCCUCGGGCAGGGGCAGAAUAGUGCCAACAGGGGCUGCGCUUUGUGGCAGUGUUGUCCCUCCAAACUGCAAGCCUCGGGUAGGUAUGGAUUGGCGCCCACAGGAGCUGUGCUUUGUCCCAGGGGAACUGCGCAAGGCAGCACCUGCCUGAGGCUUGUGGUUUGGGUGGGGGGCAACACUGCCACUUACCCUCCUCCCAACUACACCCAUGUUAAAAACGUGAGGGGAGCUUGGCCCCUCUGUCUACCCAGUUCUAGUUCCAUCUUCCAGGGGUGCUACAGCAGUAGGCAGGGACUAUUAACUUUUUGUGGGCCUCCCUGGGGAAUGAUUGUUAAAGUGGCUGGGGUAAAAGCACAGUGGGGCAGGAGCUAGGGUUGGUCUCUGGAACAAGGGAGGGGUCGGGUAAAGUGCAAGCACAACAGGGCUGGGGAGGGGGUAAACAGGAUCCCCCCUGCCCCUGCUCACAUAAAGCGGGUACCUACCCGGUUCUAGCCCAUUCUCUUUGUCUCUCUCUGCACUGAGCUGUCCCUCCUCCCACAGCAGCAGGACAGGUUCUCUUCCAGCCCUUUGGGGUGGGUGUUGGGAGUGGGAGGAGUAGGGGUUAAUGUGGUUGCUCCUAUAACCGGACGUUUAGUUUCCAGUCAGCAGUGCUAACCGGACACUCAGGUCCCAUUUUCUACUGGAGUUUCCAGUCUAAAUCUGGAUACCUGGCAACAAGGCUGCCAGAAAAGUCUGAGGAGGGGAGAGGGGGUAUGGGCUGGGGUCUUGGCCCCAAUUCCAGCCCCUUCCCCAAGGCUCCGCCUUCUCCUUCUCCUUCUCCUCCUCCUCCUCCUCCCCAGAGCAGUGAGCGCACUGUGGCUCUGCUCUUCCCCCUCCCUCCUGCCAACAGCUGAUCGGCCGCAGGGGGAGGGGGAGGGGAGGGAAUGUAGCAUGCUGGGGGAAGAGCCAGGGGAGGAGCUUGGCUGCCAGCAGAGCCUGCCCUGCUGCAGCAGGAGCCCCUGCAGCUGGCAGCAUCAGGUUUCUGACCCCACAGUAGAGAAUGGGGGUGGAGAAGAGCGGGCCAGCACCUUGCUAAAUCCAGUACUGGCAGUAGGUUAAAUUUGGUUGAGGCCUUUGUGGUAGACACAGAGCUACGGCAGUGCCUUCAAGAAGAGCUUCUACGUCGUUUUCCAGAUCUCAACCGGCUAGCCAAGAAAUUUCAAAGACAAGUAGCAACCCUGCAGGACUGUUACCGAAUGUAUCAAGCUAUUAACCAACUGCCUAAUGUUGUACAGGCACUGGAAAAACAUGAAGGAGCACAUCAGAUGUUGUUGCUGGCAGUAUUUGUAAUGCCUCUUAAUGAUCUCAACUCUGACUUCUCCAAGUUUCAGGAAAUGAUAGAAACAACUUUAGACAUGAACAAGGUGGAAAAUCACGAAUUCCUUGUGAAGGCUUCUUUUGAUCCUAAUCUGACCGAGUUGAGAGAGAAGAUGAACAAACUAGAGGAGAGCAUGCAGUCUCUUCUAAAGACUGCAGCCAGAGAACUAGGCUUGGAAGCUGGCAAGAACAUCAAAUUGGACUCCAAUUCACAGUUAGGACAUUACUUCCGAAUUACCUGCCGGGAAGAGAAAGUCCUCCGGAACAAUGCAAAAUAUAAGAUCUUAGAUACCCAGAAGAAUGGUGUGAAAUUCACAAAUAGUAAAUUGAGCUCCUUCAAUGAAGACUACAUAAGAAGCAGAGAAGAGUAUGAAGAGGCUCAGGAAGCCAUUGUUAAAGAAAUCAUUAAUAUUGCUUCAGGAUAUGUAGAGCCAAUACAGACAAUGAAUGAUGUGAUAGCUCAGUUAGAUGCUGUUGUCAGUUUUGCUCAUGUAUCAAAUGGAGCACCUGUGCCGUAUGUACGUCCAGUCAUUCUGGAAAAGGGACAAGGAAGAAUUGUGCUGGAAGAUUCCAGACACCCUUGCAUUGAAGUUCAAGAUGACAUAUCAUUCAUCCCCAACGAUGUUAACUUUGAGAAGGGCAAGCAGAUGUUCCAUAUUAUUACUGGUCCUAACAUGGGAGGGAAAUCAACAUACAUUCGCCAGGCUGGAGUGAUAGUUCUAAUGGCCCAAAUUGGGUGCUUUGUACCAUGUAGCUCAGCGGAAGUGACUAUUGUGGAUUGUAUUCUGGCUCGGGUAGGAGCAGGAGACAGUCAGUUGAAAGGUGUCUCGACUUUCAUGGCAGAAAUGUUAGAAACUGCUUCAAUUCUUCGGACAGCAUCUGAAAACUCUUUAAUAAUCAUUGAUGAGUUGGGAAGAGGAACUUCAACAUAUGAUGGAUUUGGGUUGGCAUGGGCUAUUUCAGAAUAUAUUGCCUGCAAAAUUUGUGCCUUCUGUAUGUUUGCUACGCAUUUUCAUGAACUGACAGCACUUGCUAACCAAGUGCCAACUGUGAAUAAUUUACAUGUCACCGCACUAACCACUGAUGAGAUGCUGACUAUGCUUUACCGUGUCAAGAAAGGUGUCUGUGAUCAGAGUUUUGGAAUACAUGUAGCAGAGCUUGUUGCUUUUCCAAAGCAUGUAAUAGAGAGUGCAAAAGAGAAGGCUCUGGAGCUAGAGGAGUUCCAAACUAUUGGAAAACCUGAGGAAUCUGAAGGAGAACCAGCAGCUAAGAGACGCUACAGAGAAAAAGAGGAAGGUGAAAAAAUAAUUCAGGAUUUCCUUUGCAAAGUGAAAGCAUUGCCCUUGAGAGACAUGUCAGAGGAAGACAUCAGAACCAAACUGAAACAAUUGAAAGCUGAAGUGCUGGCAAAGAAUAAUGGUUUUGUUAAUGAAAUUGUUUCCCGAACAAAAGUUACUCCAUGAAAAAAGCUAAAAUGACACUGCUUGAAUUGUUUUAAGUCACAAGAACUAUUGUUUUCUUGUCUUGUAGGUUUUAUGCUUUGUGAUGUUUUGUACUCAUUACUGAAGCAACACUUUCUCCUGACUUGUAAUUACUUUUUUAAAUGAGUACCUAUUGUACCUGCGUAAUAGUUUAGUUACUGCUAUUUUCAAUAAAAUUGUUUCUCUGUCAGGGAAGUGUGAAUAAAAGAGAAUCAUAGUUUUUCCAGUAAGUCAAACCACAUAUAACUUUUACCAUGCUGUGUUAGUUAUGAAAACUGUCAGUCCUAACACAAAAUCUACAGCUGCCCUCUACUGCAGUUGUUUUUGAUUGUCAUCACUGAUGUUGCACUAGCUGGUCCAAAGGAGUACCCGGGAUAAUUGUAGUUUUAACAGGGCUGGAUUAGUGAUGUCUUUUAGAAAAACAUUUGAUAAGGAAUCUUAGCUAAUGAUUAGACAUUUAACUAGUUCUGACUAUACUCUCUUUAAGUGCAAAGGAUUGUUUACACCUGCGUGAGUCAGACAUAGUACAGGCUAGUGCACUUUCCAUUCCAGUGCUAGACCUUCAUUGUACAGAGACUGCCAGUUGUGUGGUGGGUUGUAAUGUGAACAAACAGGAACUAAGAUGAUGUCACCAAUUAACUUUCUUUUGUGAGUUAAAUAAGAUUCACGUAGCCGAACUUUCCAGAAGGGAGAAAGCUAAUUCAUUUUACCUGAUCUACUUAACAUGCUUCUGCGGGGGAGGAGGGAGCCUGUCUUAUGUAUGCAAUGAUUUGACUUGAAAGAGGACACAACUGUCCUGUGCAUGUGCUAUUACUGUGUCUCACAUACUGUGUACCAGCUAGUGUGCAUCAAUUCAGCGUGCAGUCACCUCCCUCUGUUGGCAAGCCCUGAAGCACAUCAAGGUACAAGUUUGCCUGCAGCACUUGCCUGUUAGCUAUAUAUGUUGCUUUAUAUCUGAAACUGGCAGUGUGAAAAGCUUUAUUAAAAAAAGUGAUGUCUGGUUGUGGGAUUAUAGAACAUACAUAUGGUGAAGAUGACACACAUGACUCUUUGAUAUAUGCUCUAGCAGAGAUUAAACCAGAAUGUGUGUUAAGAGUGUUGAUAGCAGCAUGCUGUUGAAAAACUAAUUGUGUGUGUCUGAUCUAUACACUUAUUGGAGUAGAGUACAUAUAAUUUUAUUACUAGAAUGUUUGUUUCUAAGAGGGUUAUCAUACUAAACUUGAGAAGUUGAUCAUUUUUACUUUUAAUCAAGUAUAAAUUGAAAAAUAAGCAUAUUAUACCCUAGCAGAUGUAGGAAAAGGUUAGUUCGAUGUAGAGAUUUUAUGUACAUUGGACUCUGCCACAAUACCUUAUAUUUGUUUUAAAUUAGAAUACAGUAUACUUUAAAUAUAUUCAUAUUAAACAUUGUAAGAAAAAAUAUCUAUAUAAGUAUAAUACUUAUAUACAGUAUUAUAGUGUCUGUAAAGUAACUAGUUUGUCAGAAGAGAAUAGCAUAAAGCAGUGCAGAGUACUGCAGCAAUACAAGUCCAUUUCCUUGCUAUACAAACAUUCUUAUAAUAGAUAUUUAGUGGGAAUCGGUUUAAAUUACUAUAGAAAUUCAUGGGAAAUCACAGGAUUUGAAUUAGAUUGACUUGUUUCACUAUAUCUAAAGAAAGCUAGCAGUCCUUUGAAGAUUGUGAGUGACAUACACCUAUUACAAGCCUAGGGAAAUGAGUGACUAGUGUAUUUGCUUAUGUGACGAUCACAUGCUUGAGUCAACCUCGUAGUGAAAAUGUUGCCAUGCUGUGUAUUAGAAUAAGGUCCUUGUGACUGCUAAUCUAUGCAUGUGCUCUUCCUCAACGAUGGAAGAGGAGUUUUACUUCUGUAGCAUGCCUGCUCAGCUCCACAGUUGUGAUAUAUGGGCAUUCCACAGGAUUUCAGCUCUGAGGCUAGAGUGGGCAGGGUACAAGAACCAUCUUGGUUCCUCCCCUAUUCUGCCCUCCAAAUCCCACAAGAAAGGAAGGUGUAAGCAGAUAGAACCUGAGGCUGUAUUAAUGUACACUGCUUUUCUGCCUACUCUUGGAACAUCCCUUUUGAGGGGCACCAGCAGCAGCUGUGCUGAGGAACCCCCAAAGGACAGCUGCUGUAGGAGCUGAUGCUGUCCAGAGUUGUAUGAGAGGAAAGUAUAGUCAGGAGGGCUGUAGUCAGGAUCAGAAAUAUACUCAAGAGCAUGGGCCACUUCUGGAGAUGCCCCAUUGCAACCUGUGGAUUAAAGGUGGGAAAUCCCUGAAUGCUUCUGCAGGAUGGAGGAACCCUCCAACAGACCUGUGAGUAGGAAAUUGUGAGUUGAACUUUGCAAAGUUUCCUCCCAUCAUGCGGGUUGUUCCUGUGAUGGGGAGAACGGUGCCAUUUGUUUUAAUUUAAAUCAGUGACCCUCCGACUGAGGCUUGAGAGCUGCAAGUGGCUCUUCAAUGUAUCUCCCGUGGCUCUUUGCAGCAUAUGAUAUUAAAACACGGUGUGACUUAAUUAUUAACCAAUGUAAGUUAAUGGUAGUUAAUAAAGUAAUACUUGGUCAUUUUUUUAUAUAUAAGUAGUAAAUGAAACAAUGAAUACUCAGAAGAGCCACAGCAUAUAUAUAAUUUUCCGUCAUAGCAAAAUGACUGGCCAAGUAUUUUAUUAGCUGCCAUUGGUUAAUAGUAAAUAUAAGUAGUAAAUGAAACAAUGAAUACUCAAAAGACCCACAGUAGUGUGAAAUGGUUAUUGCUAAUCUGGCUCCUGAACCACUGAGGUCUGAGUAUCACUGAAUUAAAUCUAGCUGCUUUUCUUUCAGAAACAUGGCCAUAAUGACAAGAACUGUGCCAGGAAAACAUCUUAAAUGAAACAGGAACUAUGUCAUGAAUGCAGAUUAUCAAAGCUUCAGAACUAAAUUCUGCAGUUAUCAAGAAAGCUUGAGGCCACUCACUGUCAGCCUUGAGUAAAGAUGCAAUUUUCUCUUUUGCUCAUUCACACCCCUGUUCUCAAAAAGCUUAGCACUGAAUACUUGCUGCAUAUUCAGUAUCAGUUUGUAAUCUGUGUAGUUGCUUUUCAUUUAGAAGGCUGUUGAGGAAGAAAUAGCUUCUGGUAAAAGAAAAGGGCAUAUUACCAAACACUGCUAGACUUCAUUUCUUUGAAAAAUGCCAUUUUCUCCCUGAUUGCUUUAGCAUCUGAUCACAAAGUAGAAUGGUAGAGCAAUGUAGUGUAUAUGCAAGAGAACAACAUCUAUUCAAUAUACAAAUACUUGCUUUAUUUUUGUAUUGCAGUCAUAAGCAAGUGAGAUGUAGCUUAAGACAACUGAAAAGAACUAGAACAAUCUGAUAUAGUGGUAGGGAGAAUUCAGUGAUAGAUAAACAAGUUAAUGAAUUAAAAUAAAUCAGCCUAUCACUUCUGAGACUCCAGGUCUCAUGUGACCAGUAACCUAGCAGUAGUGUUUGCCUUUAAGCUACUUAAGACUAAUAUGUAUAGAAUAACGCUGAUCUGAAUGUCAAGUUGCAACUGCCUGUUCACCUCUAACAACUGAUAAAGUGGCUGAUAAAAAUGACUUUAAAAUCUGAUUUUUGUUAUAUGUUGUAACUUAAAUGUUUAUGGAAUAUAAGAUAGCGCAUAAAUAUCCUAGUUAAAUGUGUAA